CUCCCAACAACCUCAGCCGGCACGAGAUUCCAAGCCCUGCCGGCUGCCACCUCUCUCUCACGGACACACCCACCCCAAACCCUCCCCCCUGCUUUUUUUUUAAUAAUUUCUCAGCCUCCUUUUCUUUCUCAUUUUCUUCUAUAAAUUCCACCCCCCUUGCGCUCCCAAAGCCUCUUCCCCUCUUCUCCUCUUCCCAAUUCUACAUUUCCUGCUCCCAUUCCCUCCCUUCUUAAGCUCCGAGGUUCUGCCACUCUGUUCCCUGCUCUUCCGUGCCCCUGGAGGCCUCCCUUCCCAUCUUUUUCUUAGAGGAACUGGCUUCCUCGAUUCAAAAUCGAGAGACCACCUCCCGAAUCUGAUCCUCUCGCCGCUGCUUUGCUUCGGUUGGUAGAGACGUCCCUCCUUUUAGGCUCUUUCGUCACCCUAUUUCAUCGACGGUGACGCUGUCCUUUUGCCUCUGGAGGAGUUUCAUUGAGCCCUUCUCUCAAGAUUGGUUUUUUUGGUGUUCCAAAACCGAAGACCCAUCCCAAAAAUCUGAGGUUCCGGUGCCAACGUCCAAUCUUUCUUCAGAUAUUUGGUUUGAAGUUCUGAUUUUCUUUCCUUUUUUAAAUUAAAAAUCUCUCCUUUCUGCCUUCUGUUAUCUCUUUUUUGAUUCUCUUCUCUGCAAUUUCACAUGCCGCAUCCGUUCAUAUUGAUUUUCUUAAUUGAUGUCGCCUAUCCUAAGUGAAAUCCUCCUCUCGGGGUUUAUGAUAAGUUCCUCACUUCGGCGCCGGACGCACUUGGUUCAAUCCUUCUCUGUAGUCUUCCUCUACUGGUUCUAUGUUUCUCAUGAACUUGUUUUGAAUUCAGAGCUAUAUUUCUAUAUAAUUCUAUAGCUGUCUAUCUAUCUAUCUAUCUAUCUAGCUAGCUUUCUAUCUGUAAUCUCUGUCUUUAUAUACAUAUAAUUUGCCAGUAAUCCUCAAUCCAAGCUCUAUCUAGUCUUUUCCUGAAUCACUAUCUCUAAAUAACUACCGUAAAGCUCUCGCUGGGUGCAAAUAAAGUUGCAGUAAUGGCUUCCUCUAGUGGCACUUCUUCCGGGUCCAGCCAGCUUCCUAAUUCUGGCUCCGAGGAAGACUUGCAGGCUUUGAUGCACCAGAGGAAGCAGAAGAGAAUGCUAUCGAACCGGGAGUCAGCGCGGCGGUCCCGGAUGAGGAAACAGAAGCAUUUGGAUGAUCUCAUGGCCCAAGUUGGUCAUUUGAGGAAGGAGAACAGCCAGAUCCUCACAGCUCUCAACAUCACCACACAGAACUACCUGGAUGUGGAGGCUCAGAACUCUGUGCUCAGGACCCAGAUGAUGGAGCUGAACGCAAGGCUUCAGUCCCUUGAUGAGAUCCUAUGCUACAUGAAUGGUGGUGGUAACGAUGGUUUUGGAUUUGGUCUUCUCUCGAAUGUCCUUGAUGUCACGGACGACGGCUUCAUGAGGCCAUGGAGCCUGAUGGCUGGGAGCUGCCAGCCCAUCAUGGCUUCAGCUGACAUGUUUCAGUACCGUUAGACAAAGCCAAGAAAGGAGGGGCCUUUUGGCUUUGCUUUUGAGUUGGUGGUGCUUGUGAUGGAUGGUCCUACCGCUUGGCUUUAUGUGUAGUUGAGUGGGAGAAGGACGAUAUUUACCUCUUUUUAGAGCUCCUAGGGACCGGAAAGUUGAGGGGAAGAAGGCUGAAAGCCAUAAGGUGCGAGUCAAGUAGCAGUGGAUUAAUCACUAGAUUUCUCUGGUCUGUAUAUGGGUUAUGUUGAUUAUGCAGUCAGUCAAAGCUAUGAGUGUAUUGGUUUCUAUUAUUAAUGAUAAUAUUGACUUCUAGUAUUGCUUC